AUGGUAGGUGAUGUCACUGUUACUGCUUUACGAAGAGAAUCAACCAGCUUUUCUAAUGCCAUAUAUUACAAUUCAUUACGUAUUAUUAUGAGAAAAACACAUCAUGUUAAUAUCGAUAUAUUAUCGUUUUUAAAACUAUUUUCACACAAUCUUUGGUUGUUAAUUUUGGGUACUUUUGUCUAUGCUAGCAUUUUGCUUUGCAUCAUAGAGAGACAAAAUAAUGAAGCAUUACAAAAUCGAUCAUUAUUAUCUCAAGUUGCAAUGAGUACAUGGUAUUCCUUUGGUAAUAUUGUUGAAUAUGGUAUAGAUUUUCACGUUAAUACAGCUGCUGGACGUUCAUUAAUUAGUGGUUUAUAUAUCUUAAGUUUGAUAUUAGUAGCAACAUAUACUGCAAAUUUAGCAUCUGAUUUAACAAUAUCAAAAUCAAAAGAUGUUAUUUCUGGAAUUGAUGAUAUUAAAAGUGGAAAAAUACCAUUUAAUCCUAUUGGUAUUCGUAUUGGUACAGCUGGAGAAGAUUAUUAUUUAAGAGAAGUUUCUAAUGGAAAUCGAAAUUAUUAUCCUUUGAAAUCUCGCAAAGAAACAUUUGAUAAUCUACUUGCAAGUAUUAUUGAUGCAUCUUUUAUAGAUAUUGGUGUGGGUGAGUAUGUCACGAACAAUAUAUAUUAUAACUUAACUUUAGUAGGAGAAGAUUUUGGUGAAGGUCUUUUUGGUAUUAUUACUCCUCAGCAAUGGAUAUAUGCACAAGAUUUAGAUGUAGUUAUUUUAUCAUUAAGAGAAUCAGGUACAAUCGAAAAGUUAAGACAAUAA